AUGUCACACAACCCACAAAAGAAACCCGUCAUUGCUGUCGUCGGUGCCGGCCCAGGCAUAGGCGAAGCAGUGGCACGGCGCUUCGUGCAAGAAGGCCUCAUCGUGGCCCUGCUCGCCCGCACCGAAGACAUGCUGCAAACGAUGAGCACAGGCAUCGAGGCCGAUUUCGGGAAACACACUGCCCGCUACUACAUCACCGAUCUCCGCGUUGAAGACCAAGUCAUCUCCAGCUUCAAAUCCAUCAAAGAAGAACUUGGCCCCGUGGAAGUCCUGGUGUAUAACGCGGGCGCGAGACGUGUGAACGGGCGCUCGAUUCUAGACACUACAACGGAGGAAUUUGAAGGCUUCACGAAAAUCAACUUGUUCGGCGCAUUCUGGUCUACCAAAUGCGUGCUUCCUGACAUGCUAUCCGCCUCAAAGGGCACCAUAAUCUUCACCGGGGCGACCGGCUCACUUCGCGGCAUGCCCGGUCUGUCCAGCUUCUCACCUGGUAAGUUCGGGCUCAGAUCCUUAGCACAAAUCAUCACCCGGGAGUACCAGAGUCAAGGGAUCCAUGGUGCGCAUCUGAUUAUUGAUGGGCCGGUGGAUGGGAAGUUGAUUGGUGGUGUCACGAGGAGGAAGUGGGAGCGGGAGGGAGAGAAGGAGAAGUUGGAGGAGGCGGAUAGGUUUCUUAUGCAGCCAACGGAUUUGGCGGGGAUUUAUUGGUAUCUGUAUACGCAGCCGAGGAGUGCGUGGACUCAGGAGUUGGACGUUAGGGCGCAAAAGGAGACGAUGUUUUCGAAGUUGUGA